AUGGCCGACGACGAGGAGAUUUCCAUCUACGACGAGGUCGAGAUCGAGGACAUGACCUACGACGAGACGCUGCAGAUCUACCACUACCCGUGCCCGUGCGGCGACCGUUUCGAGAUCGCGCUGUGUGACCUGCAGGACGGCCAGGAUAUCGGUGUCUGCCCGAGUUGCAGUCUGAUGAUCAGGGUCAUUUUUGAUGCGGAUAACCUCCCGAAGCCACCGGUGCAGGAGACGGAGAGCGCGCAGGUUGUCGUUGCUGCUUAA